UUUUGUACGCUUACUUAGCUAACUUUUUUAGUAUUUUGAGAGACGUUUUAGUCGGCGAAUGCGAAUAUUUGGAGCUAGUCUGUUUGUUUUGAAGGCGAUUAUAUGGCUUCCCAUUGCUGUCUAUGUGCCUGCGCUAACCUUCAAUCAAGUGUCUGGAAUUGGUAUACAUACCAUCACACCCAUAGUGGUCAUCAUCUGCACCUUCUACACCUGCGUGGGCGGAAUUAAGGGCGUGGUCUACACGGAUGUUGUCCAGAGCGUAAUAAUGUAUGGAUCCCUAAUUGUGAUUAUGAUCAAGGGCACCUUAGAUUUGGGUGGCCUUGGCGUUGUGUGGCAGAUUAAUCAAGAGGGUGGACGUAUUAAUGCCCCCGAAUGGACUAUGGAUCCCACAGUGCGACUGAGUGUGUUCUCUGUGUUCGUGGGUGGAGCCUUCUUCAAGUUGCAGAGCACCUCGAUUAACCAGGCCACUGUUCAGCGAUUUAUGUCACUACCCUCGCUGAAGGCUAUCAAACAGACCCUCAUUACCUUCUCCAUUGGAUUGACACUGCUCUAUAUGGGAUGCGUCUAUGUGGGAUUGGUGUGCUAUGCAACUUACUAUGACUGCGAUCCCAUGUCCACAGGACUUGCUGGACGACGGGAUCAGUUAGUUCCGCUGCUGGUGAUGCGUGUUCUAGGCGUUGUGCCUGGUCUGCCAGGACUCUUUGUGUCGGCCGUGUUUAGUGCUGCCCUGAGCUCCUUAUCCACGCUCCUCAACUCCUUGGCCGCCGUUAUCCUGGAGGACUUUGUGCGGCCGCGCAUGGGAAAAGCGAUGAAGGAGAGCCACGUGGCUCUGACCAUGCGCGUGGUGGUGGUAACCUUCGGCAUUAGCUCCAUUUUCAUGGUCUAUGUGGUAGAGAAACUGGGCAUGGUGCUGCAGCUGUCGGCUACGCUUCAGUCGAGCUUAUACGGACCGAUGUUGGGCAUUUUUGUGGUGGGAAUGCUUAUGCCUUGGGUGGGCGAAAAGUGUAUUUUCGUGGGCAGUAUUUCGUCCUUUUUAACCAUGGCGUGGAUAGCGGUGAAUGCUCAAAUAGCCAACAUUACCGGUUCCUUCCGGCACACCAAACUGCCCGUUUCGGUGGAAAAUUGUGAUUAUGACUUCGAUAUGAGUCGCUACCUGAACUCCACUUCGGAAUACGAGCCUCACAGCGGAUCGUCUGUAUAUCACAUGUCAUUCCUAUUAUACGCCAUGCUGGGAGCCCUGCUGACCAUUUUUAUUUCUAACUUGGCUACGUUCGUUUUUGGGCGUCAGGAUAUAAAGGAUGUGGAUGAAAAUUUACUGUCUCCAAUUCUCCAGCGCUAUUUGCGAAAGAACAAUUACUACGAAUCUGUAGAGCUCAAGAAAGCAGGGGAUUUGAAGGUCAACGAAAGUUCCGAUUAAGGAACACAUAAUGAAAAGAUAACGUCAAGCUUUGUGUAUGGUGAUACCAUUUAUAAAGAAGCUUUUUGUAGACCUGACCAUCUUGUUCCUCUUGACCUGUAUGAAAGAAUACAUACGUCAACAUAUACUUUAAAUUUCUUUAUUUUGUUAAAUACUUUCAAUAUUCGGUUUUUAAAGAGGCUUGUAAACCUAAUACAACUGAACUAAUACAUAUUUAUUUUAAACCAUUUUUUCUUUACUUAAGUACUUAAAUAUUUUUUGUUGUAUUCCUUUAAGCCGCGUAAAACUUGUGCACAUAUCUUAAGAUCAUUUUCUUAAUUUUGGCUUUCUGUUAAAGCUGCCAGUUGCAAAACAUGAUAAGAAUUUCAAAAGCGAAGGAUUCAUUACCCAUGUAGUGCAACUGGUUGGCAUACCAGACUUGUAAAACGAAAUAUAAAUAAUGUAGUAGCACUA